AUGCCCUCGAAAAGAACAUACCUUCGACUCUACGUUAAAGCCGACGAUAAUAGCGAACCAGACGAGGUGCGUAUCGACACAGGAGCCUCAACUAUACUAGUUGAAAAGUCCUGGGUCACACGAUUCGCCCGCAAAUCGUCUUUUCGAGCGAUCGAACCAAGGAAAAUGAACGCCGUAGAUUCCACCUUCCAGGUCACAGAAGAAGUAACAUUUGACUUCUACGUCCCUGGUAAAAUAGGCGAGACAGACGUAAAC